AUGUCUGGCAGAAGCAAGCAGACGCUUUACGACACACAUAUUAACAUGUACCCGCCAUCCAGGGGCGGUGCUGGGGCUCAGGUGACCACCAUGGACAGUCCAUCGCGAUCAGUACCGUAUCCAGUAGAUGACGUCCAACAACCCAUGAGCCCGAUACCGCUGCAAUCUGCGAUGACUUCCCAGUCUAUUAGGUCGAAUUCGACGCUUGGGGAGAUUAGCAAGGCUGGCACGCCGACCAAUACGCGCUACGACCAGCCGUUUACAUUCAACAGCCCCUCAGGACUUCAGCACUCCACAGAUUCGUUCACCAAUUUUGUGCACAACAAUAGCUCCGUGGACACCUUCCAGAGUGCCUCAGACUCGUCCGCGCAGUUAGCGGCCCCACCUCCACCCUAUAACGAAACGGAGCUAAGAUCUAGAAACUUGCCAGACGAAUCACAGAAUUUUCUGCAAGAGAAAGCGUAUCGCAAACCGAGCGAUCUAGCCGAGCUGGAGGAGACUCGUGAAAAGCCCGCAGCUACUGGUGAAAAGCCUAUUCUAAAACGCGACUUGUCGCAAUAUAAUGAACGUGCUAAACGUUUCCAUGAGGUCUACGAGAUAACGGUAAAUGACUCGCCUAAUUUUACUCCGAAUAAGCAAAUGAAAUGGUGCGAGACGCUUUUUGAAUACGCUUUCAUCGACGAGUUUAUAGGUAAUUACAACAUCAACGGUGAUAAGCUAAAAAGAACCCUGACGCCAGACGAAACGUUGAAAAAUCAAAAAAUUAUCCUGGAGCACGCUUUAAAAGUAUUAACGAAACUAAUCACACUCCAAUACGGACCUGCACUAUAUCUGAUGGCCACUUUGUAUUCUCAUCAGCCUUACAUUCAGGUCAAAAUACAAUCAGUCAUUGCCCGUAAUGAUGUCAAGGCACUAGAUUACUAUUCCCGCGCCGCGGUUCUCGAUUUGAGUGACGCUUGCUAUAGGGCUGGUGUAUGCUAUGAGUAUGAGAGGGGAACACCCGCCGAUUGGAACAAGACGCGAUGCUUACAAAAAGCAAUCUAUUUCUACGAGAAAGGAGCUUUGAGCUGUCAAAACGUUGCGUGCAUGUAUAAGUUGGGCAUGUUCUGCCUUCACGGCGUUAUAGAUCCUGCCAGCGGACAGGCCAUUGUUCAUCAAGACAUCAAAGCAGCCCUAUCUUGGUUUGGAAGAGCAAUUCGUCGAGACGAAAAAGUUGGCCAGACAAGGAAAGAUAACAAGCCAGCCGAGGCAAGCGACAAACCGCUUGGCGAUCUUGUAUCCCCUCAGGCAAUGUACGAGCUAGCAAAAAUCUACGAGUUUGAAGGUUUGGCGCCACAACUACAGCAAGGUCUGGCCGCAGUCGGGAUCAUACAGGACACAGUGCGAGCCCUGCGAUACUACCACCGGUGUGCCACUCGGUUUUCGUAUCCGCUGGCACAGUGGCGUCUAGGCCAGUGCUAUGAGUUCGGACACCUCAACUUGCCGGUGAUAGCCAACAAAUCGAUCGCGUGGUAUGCCAAGGCUGCGACUGCCAAACCUCGCGGCAACCCAAUUGCCAUGAUGGCGCUGAGCGGCUGGUAUCUCACGGGAGCUACCGGUGUGCUGAAGUCUAACAAUAAAGAGGCCUACAGCUGGGCCCGCAAGGCGUGCCAGGCGUCUGAGGGCAAACUGGCGAGGGCUGAAUACGCACUUGGAUUUUACUACGAAAAGGGGAUCGGCUGUAAACCAAACGCUGAUUCUGCGCGCGAUCACUACACAAAAGCUGCCCAAGCAGGCCAUCAGAAGGCGCAAGAACGACUCCGCGGUGGCAAUGAAUGGAGAGUAGGAUGA